UCGAAACCGAUAUUCAACAACAGAAAUUGCUCGUUGGUGAGAUCGAGACUUUUAAUUGUUCCAUAUCGAGUUUAGUGUCCAACGUGAUACAUGCGCCCGAAUUCAAAGACUCGAAUUUUUUUCAACUCAUUGAUCUAAGAGUUUACUAGCAAAUGUUACUGAUUUUGUUCGUUACUUAAAUUUGGGUGAUAAAUUUGUUAACAAAUGCAAGGUCGAUGACUGAUUAGUUAAAUCCCAAAGUUUAGUGGUCAUUAAUCAAUUGACCAAAAGCAAAGGGUCAAUUUCGUCAUUAGAUCCAUUUUACUUCCAGCCCCUACUUGGGUGAUUUUGUAUUCCUGCUCCGCGGUUUCAUCUAGGUUUUCGCUAUUUGACGUCGGUAGCUCUCGGUCAAUCGGAAAACUCGACCUGCCGCCAGCCAUGGCAGAUGAACUGGGGAAUGUGGAACCAGAGGUAAACGACGCGAGCAAUCAGAAGAAGAAGCACAAGGGAAAGCACGACAAGCCUAAGCCAUGGGACGACGACCCCAACAUCGACCAUUGGAAGGUGGAGAAGUUCGACCCUUCGUGGAACGAAAGCGGCAUGCUUGAAGUCAGCGAGUUCGCCACCCUCUUUCCUUCUUACAGAGAGAAAUACAUUCGGGAUGUUUGGCCAAUGGUGAAAUCCGCCCUGAAAGAGCAUGGCAUUGAAGGCAGGCUCGACCUGGUUGAGGGGUCAAUGACUGUUUCAACUACAAGAAAGACGAGGGACCCUUACAUAAUUAUCAAGUCAAGGGAUCUUCUUAAGUUGCUAUCGAGAGGUGUCCCUGCACCUCAGGCUAUCAAGAUUCUCAACGAUGAAAUGCAAUGUGAUGUUAUCAAGAUUGGCGGUAUGGUUCAUAAUAAGGAGCGUUUCGUCAAACGAAGACAACAUCUUGUUGGGGCAAAUUCAUCUACUUUAAAGGCGCUUGAAAUUUUGACAGGCUGUUAUAUUCUAGUUCAGGGACACACUGUUGCUGCUAUGGGUUCAUUUAAAGGUUUAAAACAAGUUAGAAAGAUAGUGGAGGAAUGCAUGCAAAAUAAGAUGCAUCCUGUACACCAUAUAAAGAUUCUGAUGAUGAAGAAAGAACUUGAAAAUAAUCCAGCAUUGAAGAAUGAGAGUUGGGACAGGUUUCUUCCCAAGUUCAAUAAGAAGAAUGUUCAACGAAAGAAGCCUAAGAAGAAAGAAAAGAAAGAAUAUACACCAUUCCCUCCUCCUCAACAGCCCAGCAAGGUUGAUAUUCAAUUAGAGACUGGAGAGUACUUCUUGAGUGAACAGAAGAAGACAGCAAAGAAAUGGCGAGAUAAACAGGAGAAACAAGCUGAAAAAUCUGCUGAAAACAAGAGAAAAAGAGAGGAGGCAUUUGUUCCUCCAAAGGAAUCUGCGAAGGCAAGUACCAGUAAGUCGGAAGAGGAAGACCUGGCCACAAUGACAAUGUCCAUCAAGCAAAAGGCAAAAGAGUUUGGGAAGAAGAAAAGGGACGAGAAUGUCAAUCCGGAGGAUUAUAUAGCUGUAGCAUCUAGUGAACAACCGAAGAAGAAAAAACAAAAGAGCAAGUUUUCAUUUUUCUGAAAAUUUACUCUUUGUUCUUGUGUCACAUUUGUUUGAUCGAUUUCACAUGAAUCCCCUCCCAUUGUCUAAUAUAUGUCAUCGGACAUCAAGUCUCACAUGCCUCUCGGAAAUGGGAGUUGUUUAUUGUUGUAUGUUGACAUUGGUAGAAACAGGGAAUGGAAGUUUACAAAAUUUAUCAGGCCUACUGUUAUUUCCAAUCUGGACUUUUGUGUAUUUGAGAAUACCGAACACAUAAUGAUCGGCCAUUGUUUCAUGGCUUGGAUAUAAAGGGCAAUGAAGAAAUUAAGGUAAC